AAACUAGAAGGACCUAAUAAUAAUUAACCCAAAGAAUAAAGUGAAACUCCUCUUUAGCUAGUCAAUUGCCUAACCUCUUCUUCCUUUCCCCUCUGUGACGCCAUCUCCAGCUUGAGAAGAUUUCAUUUUUGACGAUGUCAUAUUUUAAUCACCUUUUAAGCAAUAUCCAAAGUGAAGAUUCAAUAUUAGUGAGACAUAUUUUUGCUUCUUUUUCAGAUUUAUACAGUUACACAGCCUGCAGACAAUUAUCUCAGAUGUUUUUGGCCAUUAUCUUCUUUCAUAUUUCUGAAUACAUUCUAGCAGUUGCCAUUCAUGGGAAAUCAAAUGUUACACUCAAGUCACUUUUGAUCAGCAAGAAUUACCUGCUGGCAAUGAUAUUUUCAUUGCUUGAAUACUUUGUCGAAAUUUCAUUGUUUCCUGCAUUAAAGGAAUAUUGGUGGGUUAGUAACUUGGGCCUUGCACUUGUCUUAAUUGGGGAACUUAUUCGAAAAAUGGCAAUUAUAACAGCUGGGCAGUCCUUCACGCAUCUUAUCAAGAUUUAUCAUGAAGAGCAUCACAAGCUAAUUACUCAUGGGAUCUAUAGAUUUGUUCGUCAUCCAGGAUAUGCUGGUUUCUUCAUAUGGUCAGUUAGCACUCAGAUAAUGCUGUGUAAUCCCAUAUCAACCAUUGGAUUUGCAGUUGUUGUCUGGCGCUUCUUUGCAGAGAGGAUACCAUACGAAGAGUAUUUCUUGAGACAUUUUUUUGGGUCUCAGUAUGAGGAAUAUGCUCAGCGAACUCCUUCUGGGGUUCCAUUUGUCAAGUGAAGACCUUAAUGAACUUGUGGCACACUUGCAUCCAUGUAACCAAUGUUAAUCUAAUAUGCAUCUCAAGGAACGCAUAUAAAAACUGCAGUGCUGUUCUCUCAAGAUGAUUCCGAACUCAUCCAAAACUGAACUGAUCAACCAUAGGUAAGUUAUCUCUGUAUGUUAUGGCUUUGUGCUAGCUGCACUGGUAUAUGCCUUGGAUUGGAAUGCUUGCGGUUGAUUAUUUUGGAUAAUAAACCAUUGCAAAAGGAGUUAUUGCAUUGAGUUUU